AUGCAACGUAAUAAGAGAUUUUAUUCAACUGCAUUUCUUCUUGUUAUAUUUGCAUUAUCAACUUGGCUUGAUGUCAAUGGUGUUUGGGUUGAACUUCCAUUAAUUGUUAACGAAGCACCAGAAGGUUGGGCUUUACCAUCUUAUCUAACUCUUGCCAUUGCGUUAAGUAAUAUCGGACCAUUAAUAAUAGUAUUAUUAAAACUUUGUUUCAAACAACGUCUUAAUGAACGAAUAUUUAUUUAUAUAGAAAUUAUCGUAGGAAUUAUAUCUUGUGCUUUAAUUGCUCAAUAUUGGAAUAAAAGAAGUUAUAUUGCUGGUCGAGAACAUUCAGUAUUUUUUCUUAUUCUAGUUUUUUUACUUGGUACGUUAGAUACGACAUCGAGUGUUACAUAUGCUGAUUAUAUGAAACGAUAUCAUGCAAGUUUACUUAAUGCACUUUAUCUUGGUGAAAGUCUUACAUCAUUAAUUCCAUCCGUGCUAGCAUCUAUACAAGGUGUUGGAGGUGAAGCAACAUGUCCAGCUAAUUCAACUUAUGCAGAAUAUUCGUCACCACGUUUUUCAGUUCAAGUUUAUUUUUGGAUAUUUGUUGCAAUUAUUUUACUUUCACUUUUUGCUUUUCUUAUACUUGAAUUUUCAUCGAUUGCAAAAUCGAAUCGAACGAUCAUAGUCUAUGAUUCCUCACCAAUAGCAAGUUCUAAUGAACUUUCUCUACAAACAGAACCACCAUCAGUUAUCCUUGCAACAUCAACUUCUAUGACAAAAAAAUAUUAUUACGGUCUUCUCAUCAUAGGAUCUUUAUCGAGUUUGAUUAUCUACGGUAUAUUACCCGCAAUUGGUACAUAUGCUGUAUUACCCUAUUCUCAACGUGCUUAUUAUAUUUCAAGUCUUAUAUUACCUAUUUCAAAUCCAUUUUCCGUAUUAAUCGGUGUUUUUAUACGAAGUAUAUUAAAUUUUAUUACAAUAUCGAUUAUAUUCAUAAUUGCAACAUGUAUAUCAAUAUAUGUAAUAAUUGUUGCUUUUUUAAGUCCAUGUCCGCCAUUACAUGAUUCAACGGGUGGUGCUAUAUUAGUUAUUAGCUGUUAUUUUCUAGCUUAUUUACUUUUUUAUUAUAUAAGAUUGGUAAUUGGAAAUCGAAUUCGACAAGAAUAUCCACAUGAAAGUGGAUUAUUUUGGUAUGGAGCAGCAACUCAAAUGGGUACUCUUAUAGGAGCAAUACCAAUGUAUUUACUUGUCAACGUCUAUAAUGUAUUUCAAAGUCGAAAUGCUUGUCAAGCAUAUUGUUGA